UACUUGAAUAGAUAAGAAACAGUCGGGUCGGGUGCACAACCACUCGUUAGUUCAGAAAGAUUACAACUUAUUACCCACAAAGUGAACAUGAACAUAUUCUGAGAUUCAAUUUGUGUCUAUGUCAACGUAAAUGAAAAACGAUUUGGGGGCAAAGUUGUUAAGAGACCACAAAUAUGCAGGAUGAAAACGAAAAUAAGUCUCUUCUAUUUUUGAAUAAUGGUAACAAAUACGGAGCAAUGCACAAAAGUGACAGUGGCACUCCUAAAAAAGUGAUAUUUUGUGUUCAUGGAAAACCAAGUGCUGGCUGUUGUAAAGUUUUACAAAGUGAAGUCAUCGACAUCAAGGAAGGAGAUUUUGUUGACACACCAACUAAAGAAAAUCAAGAUGCCACCGAAAUGAUUAAUAAGCAUUGCCAUCGAGGGAAAUCUCCGGAAAUUGAUCGAAAAGCAAGACGAAAAUUAAUUGUGGCCAGUAUAUUAUGUGUACUUUUCAUGAUUGGAGAAGUUAUAGGUGGCUACCUGUCAAAUAGUUUGGCAAUAGCAUCUGACGCCGCUCACCUACUGACUGACUUCGCAAGCUUUAUGAUAUCUUUAUUUGCCUUAUGGAUGGCAACUAGACCCUCUACAAAAAAAAUGCAUUUUGGAUGGUAUCGUGCUGAAGUGAUAGGUGCUUUAACAUCUGUUUUGCUAAUCUGGGUAGUUACUGGAAUAUUGGUCUAUAUUGCUGUACAAAGAGUCAUACAUAAAUCUUUUGAUAUUGAUAGUAAAGUAAUGUUAAUUACUUCCGGUAUAGGUGUUCUUGUUAACUUAAUAAUGGGCUUAACACUACAUCAACAUGGACAUUCACAUGGAGGUGGUAGUACACAUUCUCAUGAUAACAUCAACGUCAGGGCAGCUUUUAUACACGUUAUCGGAGAUUUUUUACAAAGUUUUGGUGUUUUUGUAGCCGCUGCUGUAAUUUAUUUCAAAGAGGAAUGGGUAAUAAUCGACCCCAUCUGUACCUUCAUUUUUUCAGUAUUAGUAAUGUUUACCACAUUCAAUAUUAUAAAGGAUACUUUAACAGUACUAAUGGAAGGAGCUCCUAAAGGAAUUGAUUUUAAUGAAGUUAUGACAACACUCUUAAACAUAGAAGGCGUUAAAAGAGUUCAUAACUUAAGAAUAUGGGGUUUAAGUUUGGAUAAAAUUGCAAUGUCUGCUCAUGUUGCUAUUAGUCCUGAAGUAAAUCCACAGCAUGUUUUAAUGGUUGCCACUAAAAAUGUCCAUGAUAAAUACAACUUCUUCGAAAUGACAUUGCAGAUUGAAGAGUUUCAAGAUGCCAUGGAAGACUGUAGAUUGUGCAGAAAUCCGGUAUAAAUAUAUAUUACAUGUCACCAAAUAUUUUUUACAAAUCAUUAUAUUAUUACAUUUCAAAGAAUUUAAAAGAAUAACUUAUACCUA